AUGGUUGAGCAACAUAAUACCCUUUUAUUCAAAAAUCAUGAAGCCCGUCCUACUGAAACUGGUCCAUUCCCGAAAGCGAAUGUGGUAGCAGCACAUGGCCCAGCUGAAAGAAGACAAAAUAAUCGGGGCCAUAAUAAUGAGCGUGGGCGUGGCAAGGGCAAGGGACGAUAUAAUAAUCGUCGUGAUGGUGCUCACCAUAAAAGGGAGAACAAUAUGGUUUAUCAAGGCAAUCCUUCAAGGAGCAGCUGUCAUCGUUGUGGUUUGAAAGGUCAGUGGAAAAAUGAAUGUCAGGCGCCUGAACAUUUUGCCAGGCUUUAUCAAAAUUCCUUCAAAAGAAAGGCAAAUAGAGGUGGUGCCUCUUCUGCUAAUGCCCGGGUGGAGUCACACAUGACUUUAAAAAAUGACGAUGAGGCAGGUCCUUCACGAAAAUAUGAUGAUAAUGUUGAAGCUAAUUUGGCUUUUAAGGAUGAUGAUUUUGAUGGGCUUGAUGAUAUUACUCAUUUGGAAGUUGAAGACUUCUUUGGAGAUCAAAAUUGA